GUCGUUGUUGUUGAGGAACAAUCCUCUUCCUCCCCCUCGGCGAACGCUCUCCCCCCCUCCCGGGGACCAAGGUAAGAGUUUGGCUUGGCCCCGAGAUGAUGUGAAGUUCUCCAUCACCAAGGGGACUGCCAUCAUGCAUGGCACCCUCAGCCCGAGGGAGUUCCUGAAGGGCGCCACUCCCCCGACCGACAAGUCGGUGCUUUCGAGGGACAAAGAUGAUGCCCUCAGCGCAAAAGUGCUCCAGGCCUCCGUCACCGCUGCCCUCGGUCUCGGAGAACUGCUCCAGAGGAUGGAGCGUUACCAGUUGCAGAAGCUGCAGGCCGACGAGGCCCUGGCGGAGUCCCGGCGGCAACUCCAGGAGGCCCAAGAGACCCUCCGGCUGGAGAAGGAGGCGUUUAACUCCAUUCUUGAGAACAACAAAAUAAUCGCCAGGGCCGAGGGCAAGGCUGAUGCUGAGAGGGCUGCCGCCGAAGCCUCGAAGGUUGCUGCGGAGGAAGCAGAGGCCGCAAAGAAGGAGGCCGUUGCUCGGGCAGAGAAAGAUGCCAUCGCCGCCUUUGUUGCUGAGGGGUGGAAGGCUGAAGAGCACAAACAAUGGCUGUCUUCGGUGGUGGAGGCCUCGGUUGAUGAUUGGGUGAAGGACCCCGGGGCUUUAUGGUUAGCCCGAAAGGGCAAAGACUAUUAUGACGGUGGCGAGUUUUUCACUCAAGACCUCAUCUACCGGAGGCUCGCCAGGCACCUCAAGAUUGAUCCGAAGAAAUUUGACCCGUCGGCGUAUGGCCUCCCCCCACUACAGCCUGAUGUGAGAGUCCCACUCCCCGAGGGUGUCGAGAGACCGGAUCUCGAAGACUCGGAGCUGAUGAAAGAGGCCGAUGAUGAUGAAGAGGAGGAGGCUACCUCGAAAGCCGCCGGGGAGGAUGUCGCUUCGAAGCUGAAGGAGGAUGGAGCCGAGAAUGCCCCAGCUUGAAAUUCCCUUAAGCAUAAUUUUGUAAUAGUUUGUAGUCUUCGGCCUCGGUCCACUGUAUUUGUAAACAAACAUCCUCUGCACUUGUAUAUUUCGGUGAUGAAUGUUUUGCCCUCG